GUCACUUUCUGCACUCGCAAAAUACGAGUAACUAUUUAGUAACUGCCAUUAACUUUUAAAGUUCUAACAAUUCAUCAUUUGUACCGUGUCCUUUAUGAUAGGUCACCGCUUUUGCCUGGUCGUGGAAAGUGGAAACUAUGAAAUCUGCCUUUCAUAUACAGAGGUUUUUCCUUGACAAAAGUACGGUAUACCCGUAUUCCCUAUAUGGUUAUUUACAAGUUAUUGCUUACGGUGUGGCAUUGGUGUGCUGAAAGUCAAGUGUGAUGCGACGUCUAUUGCAAUUGCUUAUCACUGUUUUACUUUAUCUUCUCUUGAUAUCCGCCAACGAGUCCAUCAACAAAAAAUAUGCCCUCACAGCUUGUGCCAUGAUCAGAAACGAGCUGCAUCUCAUCCUGGAAUGGAUCGAAUUCCACCGCAUCCAAGGUGUCGAUCAUUUUAUUUUCUAUGACGAUGACAGCACCGAUGACAUUUACCUCCUGCCCCGUCUGUACGCCGACCAGGGUCAUCCCGAUCUCGUGGAAGUCUUCCCCGCCAAUUUCCGUCGCUACAAUCAGGCAUCGAAUCGCCGGUAUGACGAUUACCUGGAGACACAGUUGCUGGCACUGGAUCACUGCAACUCCCGAAUGUCCAAUGUCAGCCAAUGGCUGCUGAUCACUGAUGUGGAUGAGUUUACCUUCUCACCCAAAUAUCACACGAUUGCCGCAUAUCUAAGGCAGUACGCCACAGACGAAACAACUAGGGAAAUUCAUGUCCCGACUAUUCGGUUCGGGUCCAGCGGCGUUCAGAGAGAAAACCGAAUGCGCUUGUCGCUGGAUCCAUAUGAAAAUUGUAUUACAGUUAUCACUGAAUUCCACAACAAUCAUCUGUUACUUACCGCGAGAAACACAAAACGAGGACCAGUCAAAUCUUUGGAUAAGGAUUAUAAUCAGCGUUUUAAGGAAGUAUGUGCGCCACCGGUAAAUGCCAGCGAUUGUCACCACGCUGAAGGGAAAUCCAUUUGGCGACCGGAAAUGUGUGGACUGGCCGGUAUACACCGCUGUCUGCGUCCCCGGGGUGGUCGCGCCCUUCGCCCGUCCGUAAAAGAACUGCGCAUCAACCAUUAUGCCUUCCGGUCAAAGGAGCAUGUGGGACGUCUGGAACACCAGAUAGCCGUCGUCAAAGGCGCAGUGUUCGAUGCUCUGGAUAAGGUGUGGUUUUCAAGCGUGCCUGAUAAUUCCACGGAACCGUAUCAUGAGGAACUUAUGUCUAGGUUACGCUUGCUAAUGACAUAAAAACAAGAGUGUUAACGCUGUAAGCCUGUGUAAAAAUUACCAAAUACAGCACCAGCGAUUCCGAAAAUCAGUACGAGUUAUAAGGACUAAAACAUCAACAAGGAGAAUAUUAAAGGCAAUUAUAUAUUGAGGAGAAUUUGUACUGCAACUCUUAGUGCUGCGACAUCCCACUUUUGUGUUUC